UUUGUACCUGAGUCAGUUUCUCCUCUGGUCUCGUCUGAACAUGCUCCUGGUUUCUGAUGGUUUCCUCCUGGAUUUUGACCUUCUGGUUGUUCUGGACUCUGGUUGACGGGAGCCUCCAUCUGAUUGGUUCCUCUCAGCCAAUCGUAGCUGCGCCUGGAGAUGAUGUCAUCCUCCCGUGUCGUGUGGAUCCUGAGUGGGACGCCGUGGGGAUGACGGUGGAGUGGUCCCGACCGGACCUGAGGCCGUCCGGCCCUCAGAAGCGUGUGGAGUACGUGUUCGUGUACCGCUUCAGGAAGACGGACCGAGACAUGAUGAUGGACACGUACAUCCAGCGGACGUCUCUGUCCCAGGACGGCCUGCGGCGAGGAGACUUGUCUCUGACCAUCCGGAACGUCAGCCUGCAGGACCACGGCAGGUUCCGGUGUUUCAUCCCACGCCUCGGGAUCGAAGCAGAACUUCUGCUUGUUGUUGAUCCAAACGUUGUUUCUACGACGGCAACAGAGACGGUUCUUCCCAGAAGCCUCAUCAUCACUCCGACGCCACAGGAGGAGGAAACCAGCAGCAACGGUCACUGGACCAGAUUCCAUCUUUGCCUGAUGUUUUUUCAUUCUUCAUCAUUUGUAUGGCUCCGAUUUCCAUUUGCAUCUUUAGGAAAUGCCGACAAAUGCAGAAAGCUUUUCGUCGCCCAAACCUUCGGAUCGACACACGGAUCGGUUCUGCAGAGGAACCAGUUCUGUUCCCAGACCAGAACCUGAACCUGGUCUAGCUGCUUGGAUCCGG